CCCCUACAAAAGACAACAACACGUAUAAAAAUUAUCCGAACUUAGACGCGUUUGCUCGUUUCAAAUACAACUCCAGAAAGGGAGCACCUUAAAGAGGAUGGAGAAGGAUUUGAAGGAGAAACUUCUCUUAGGAGAAGCAGAGGGAUCAGAGGAGAAGCUUAGCAAGAGAGUGUGGGUGGAGAAUAAGAAGCUGUGGGUGGUAGCAGGACCUGCAAUAUUCUCAAGGUUUUCGACCUUCGGUGUCUCCAUCAUCACUCAGGCCUUCAUUGGCCAUCUUGGCUCUACAGAGUUCGCCGCCUAUGCCAUCGUCUUCACUGUCCUCUUGCGCUUCGCCAUCAGUAUCCAGUUAGUCAUGUCUUUGUCCAGUGCGAAAAGACAGAACUUCUGGAUCCAAAUAUGAGCAAUUUGGGAGUACUGACACAAAAUCUCUAGAGUUCAAAUCGUAUAAGAAACAUCCACGUGUGAUGGACGGUUUCGAUUCCUAUGAUGGAAA